AUGGAAAUGAUGGCGCGACAGCGGACAGACGCGGCUAGCACUGCUCAAAGGGAUCAAGCAACAAUAGAUUGUGCUCUUGAUGAAGUCGCUGCAGCGUCGCGGUCGACUAACACGGAUCUGGCCUCGUUGCCGCUCCUAGCUCUUGAUCCCUCGGAAUUGGACCCCUUACGAUACGCGGACACCGCAACCCCCAAUGAUUACGAACGCUAUCUCGAACCAACAGCACCGGGAGGCAUAAGUCUCUCGCAUGGCGAGACUGAAGAUCCCGAGCUGGACUUAGGCGUCAAUGUUGGCAAGAUGUGGAUGACGGAUAGGAUUGGCGGACUGUUACGUCCGCACAUGCCCAAAGAGAUUGAUCGAAUGCUGGCGAACCCUGCCUUCGACAGGCGAACGGAAGCAGAGAAAGCUCACGCUCUCGCACCUCUGACAGACGCAGGCAGCAAUUUCUUGGGACCAAGGAUCAACUAUCUUGAGCCUCGUCUACUGACCUACGAUCCUAAUAAUGCGGGUCUUUUCAGACACUCUUACAUGGAUGUGCUCCCCACAAAGGCGACCGCCGAUACUCUUGUUGAACGUUACCGCGAUGCCGUCCACCAAAUCACGCCCAUCAUGCAUUGGCCAAUCUUCCUAUCUCAGUACGAUGUGUUCUGGCGAACAGUGAGUACCGGGUUCGAACCGCCGAGUGGCCUGUCUGCACUGGUGUUCUCGGUCUUCUUCGCGGCAGCGGCGUCGAUUGCAGGAGAGAGCGAAGACCACCCAAAUCAGCAGUCGAGACUAGCUGCCCGAAACGCACUACAGGCUGUUACAGAGCAAGCCCUUGCUAGUGCAAGAUUGCUUCAUGCAACACGGCUAGAAGUGCUGCAGGCAUUAGUGAUCUACUUGAUACCAUGCUUUGGAAUUCAGACCUCCCGGGCACACGUGGGUUUGCUUGCUCUGGCCAUCACCCUGGCCGAAAGCCAGGGCCUGCAUAAAGACCUUGCUCUAUCACCAGACUCACAGCAGCCUGAACGUCAAGUUCGAAGACUGAUUUGGUUUCACCUUAGCGCGCUCGAUUUGCGGGCGUGCUACGGUCACUGUGCUCGGAUGCGCAUCACUAAGGAGGACUACGACACCAAGAUGCCCGAUACCAAUGGAUCAGACAGUGGUUUACUUGGCGCAGGAGGUGCCUUCGGUUGGAGCUCGAUGACUUUCGCGAGGAUCCGAUUUGAAUGUGUCGAGAUGGCUAAGAUCGUCUGGCACGACCGGGCGUCCUUGGAACGCAGGGAAGUGACCAUAACCGAUUGUCUGGGCAAGAUUGAAGCAUUCCGGACGCGUCUGGAGCGACAUCAUGGCAGGCAUCUCGAUACAACGUUGCCAAUACAGAAGUACACUCGCCUGAUGAUGAAUACUAUGGUCCAGAAUCUGUACGUAAUGAUCACAUUCCGUUUCCUGAGACAGUACGGCCAGAAGGUCCCUGAUCGGCUGCGCCAACUGACCAUACACGCUGCUGUCAUCUCAAUGGAGAGCGCAAUGAUGUUGGAGCGAUCUCCUGAUCUAGCCAUGUGGCGAUGGCAUAAUGGGUGCUAUCAGCAAUGGCAGAUUGCCUUUCUCCUGCUUUCGCACAUCGUCAGAACACCAGAUCAGCCACAAGCGAAUCGCAUCUGGGAUAUCAUCAACUAUGUCUUUGAGAUCGAACCAUCCCUGUCGCCUGCUGUCAAGAUUAGGAGCAUAAUGACCACUGUCCGGCACCGCGUCACGGCAUAUCAGGAUGCUCGCAAGAUUCGGACGACCACGGAGUUCGACGAUAAGCACGAUCUACCACAGCGCAUCAUCAACGAAGUGCCUCUCGGGGUUGUAGUGCCUGCACUGAUCAGUGCUUCAUCUCGGCCAGACGCUGGCAGGUCGGAUGAUGGGGAGCAUUUCAAAGGUUCAAGUCUUCCCUUCGACACAGGUUUUCAUCACUUAAUGCCACAUGUGAUCGGACACGACGCACUCGGCUCUCAGGCUUCUUUACCAUUGGCAUUCAACCAGAACUUUGCUGACGCCUUGCCACAAUACAACCGUUCAACAGAUCGCGCAGGCGAGCCACAGGGGUUUUCAGACAAAGAUCUUGAGAUGGCGGACAUCGAUUGGGAUGAGUGGGACCGGCUGUUCCCUCCUGAUGCGAAUCCGGAUUUCUGA